GCUCCGCCUCCUUAAGUAGUUCGGUCUUCGUCCUCGUUUCACAUCGCGCGCCCAAACCGUUUCUUUAUCAAACCCGUAAUUGUGCUGCUUAAUUUCUCCUCCGUUCACUCAGUUUCUGAAGAAUAAUGCGUGAGUGCAUCUCUAUCCACGUGGGUCAGGCUGGAGUCCAGAUCGGCAACGCCUGCUGGGAGCUCUACUGUCUUGAACACGGUAUCCAGCCAAAUGGACAGAUGCCCAGUGACAAGACUAUCGGAGGUGGAGACGAUUCCUUCAACACCUUCUUCAGUGAGACUGGGGCUGGAAAGCACGUCCCCAGAGCUGUGUUUGUGGAUCUGGAGCCCACGGUCAUAGAUGAGGUCCGCACCGGAACUUACAGGCAGCUGUUCCACCCUGAGCAGCUGAUCACAGGAAAGGAGGAUGCUGCCAACAACUAUGCACGUGGUCACUACACCAUCGGCAAGGAAAUUAUUGAUCUGGUGUUGGACAGGAUACGUAAACUGGCUGACCAGUGCACAGGUCUCCAGGGUUUCCUGGUCUUCCACAGCUUCGGUGGUGGUACUGGUUCUGGUUUUACCUCCCUGCUAAUGGAACGUCUGUCUGUCGACUAUGGCAAAAAGUCCAAGCUGGAGUUCUCCAUCUAUCCAGCUCCUCAAGUAUCCACUGCUGUGGUGGAACCCUACAACGCCAUCCUGACCACCCACACCACCCUAGAGCACUCAGACUGUGCUUUCAUGGUGGAUAAUGAAGCCAUUUAUGACAUCUGUCGUAGAAACCUUGAUAUUGAGCGCCCUUCUUACACCAACCUGAAUAGGCUGAUUAGUCAGAUUGUUUCCUCCAUUACUGCCUCCCUGCGUUUUGAUGGUGCCCUUAAUGUGGAUCUGACAGAGUUUCAGACCAACUUGGUGCCUUACCCUCGUAUCCAUUUCCCACUGGCCACCUACGCUCCAGUGAUCUCUGCAGAGAAAGCUUACCAUGAGCAGCUCUCUGUUUCUGAAAUCACUAACGCCUGCUUUGAGCCGGCUAAUCAGAUGGUGAAAUGUGAUCCACGUCACGGCAAGUACAUGGCCUGCUGCCUGUUGUACCGUGGUGAUGUGGUGCCCAAAGAUGUAAAUGCUGCUAUUGCCACCAUCAAGACCAAGCGCACCAUCCAGUUUGUGGACUGGUGUCCAACUGGUUUCAAGGUGGGCAUCAACUACCAGCCUCCCACUGUGGUUCCAGGUGGAGACCUGGCCAAGGUGCAGAGGGCUGUGUGCAUGCUGAGCAACACCACAGCCAUUGCUGAAGCCUGGGCUCGUCUUGAUCACAAGUUUGAUCUGAUGUACGCCAAGCGCGCCUUUGUGCAUUGGUAUGUUGGUGAGGGCAUGGAGGAGGGUGAGUUCUCAGAGGCCAGAGAGGACAUGGCUGCUCUGGAGAAGGAUUAUGAGGAGGUUGGAGUUGAUUCCGUUGAGGGUGAGGGAGAGGAAGAGGGUGAAGAGUAUUAGAUAGGGAAUUAAAGAUGAACCCUUAAGUAUUUGAACAAAUUUGCUAUUGUAAAGUUGGUUCCAGAAUGUGUUUCGAUAUUGUUUUGCCAGUGUUCUUGUGAAGUUUUCCAGGCAUUUUUUAAACAAUGGCUGAAUAAAGUAAUGUGACUGA